AUGGCUCCGAUCCCAGCCCCAUCUCGCCCCUCCCCGGACAAUUUAGCCUUCCCCUUCCUCACCUUCUUCUCUAACGUCUUCGGCCUUGCCACUCCCUCCGUCCCUGCCAUUAAAUCCGACACUUCUCCCACUCCCUCCGCCGACCCUGCUGCUCCUACCACCUCGCAUGACAGAUCUCCCGCACCCUCAGCCGCCAAGUAUGUUGAUACCAAUGCUUCCAAUUAG